AUGGAGCUGCCGUGGGUGCUGCUGGUGCUGGCUGGGACGGGCGCAGCUGCAGGCCUGGCUCUGCUGCCCUACGUGCCCCACGUGUCCCCUGCGGCACUGCUGGGGAAGCUCACCGCCACCACCUUCACGCUGGAGAGGCCCUGCUGUGUCUUCGACCGGCACGUCAACGCCUCCGACAUGGUCUGGCUGGUGGUGGCUUUCGCCAACGCACCGAGCCCGGCUGUCCUGCGGGUUGGGGGUGACACGGCAUGCGGGGGCCAGGGCAACCGGGACCCCUGCAAUGGGCCCCUGCCCUCCCCGGGGCCCUACAGGGUGAAGUUCCUGGUGAUGGGCUGCCACGGCCCCAAGGCGGAGACGAGGUGGUCUGACCCCAUCCUGCUGCGGAGAGCCGGCAGCCUGAGCACCAUCGACCCCGCACCCACGCGCUGCGGCAGCAAUGUGGUCAUCAUCGCCGCCAUCCUCGCCAGCUUGGGGGCCGUGCUGGCUGCAGCAGUGCUCAGCGCCGUGGGCGCCGAGGCGUGGGGGUCCCUGUGCCACCGGGAUUCGGGGACCGGCGCCUGCACCCGCAGGGCCUACAGGACCCACCACAUCCCCCCGGCCCUGCCCCAGCCCCGUCCCCCCGGCUGCAGGUGCAGCCCCCCGGGGCUGGGCUGCUUCACCCCCCAGCCUCCUGGUCCCUGUCCUGCUGAGUAA